UGAUUUAGUCUGACCUCCCGGUGUGGGUGACAGCCGGUAUUCUUGUCCUCAACAGCUUAUGAAACUUUUUGUCCGGUAUUUCGAAUUUAGUGACAUUUUUUUGUACGUUUCCUUAAAUUAUUAUCCAAAUGAACUUUGACACUUGAAGUAAAAGUGAAAUUCAACAAAUUGAACGAACCAAUAGCAAGUGACACACAUAAUAUUUUGAUACUUGAAAAACGAGAUAGGUAUGUCAUCGUACAAAAGAAGAACGUGACGUGCAUGAAUUAUUAGACUGGAUGCUGUUGUAGAAAAUAUAAGUGUACCACAAAAGUUAUUUAGUAAUUUUAAACAAUUAGUGUGAACAAUAAUACUCCCAACAAAAUGGAUGAAGAAGUUAUGUGGAAAAACUUUUAUCAUAAAAUUGUCGAAGAAAAGGAAGAAAAAGCAAAAGAAGAAAUGCACAAAACAGAUCAUGAAUUAAGUGAAAAACAAAGCAGAAGAAAAAUGGCUCAUUUUCCAAAUUUGGAUGAGAAACAUCCUUACUUGGCCAUAGCAGCAAUUCGUAUGAGUGAGAAACCGGAAGAUUACAAAUUUACGGCUGCAAAGUUAUAUUGGAAACUUGCCGCUUUCCAUUUUAUUCAUAAUAAAAGCAGAUUACAAGAAGCGGAUGGCGGUUUCUUUGAAAAUUUGGGUACACUUCUUGCUGAAAAAGUUCGAGCUCAACAACUCGAGGAGGGACCAAUUCCAGAGAAGAAGGAUUUAGCUGUAAACAAUAAAGAUGAAAAGGAAGAAGCUCUCAGCGAUUCCGAUAGUGUUCUGGAAGGAACAGAAGCAUUAUUGGAGAGUGACAGCGAUAGAGAUGAAACGGAAAUUGUUCAAAAUUUCAUGAUUGAAUCCAUUGGAUGGAACAUCGAGGAAUUAUAUUCUGCAGUGGUGUUUAUGAUACAGCAUCAAAUUGGAUACGAUGAAUCUGAUGAGUGCGGUAAAGAAGCAAUGCUUUGUCAUUUACAACAGGCCUUUAAAGUGGACAAUGAAGUGCACGAACGAGUUUUGGAAGAAACACGAAAUAUGGAGGCUCCGGAACUGCAUCUUAACGUGGAAGUGAUAGAGGCAAAGGAACUCGUUUCCAAGGAUGCAAAUGGCUUAAGUGACCCUUUUUGUGCACUUUAUCUCGAGUCGGCUCCAACUCGCAGAUAUAACACUGCCGUUAAGACAGAAACACUCACCCCUACAUGGGAAGAGCAUUUUGAAUUACCCGUAACCGAUUCUGUGAACGACAUUUUGGCCCUGGAAGUAUGGGAUUUUGAUGCUGCGGAAACGGUGCCGGAGAAAAUGAAUAAAGUCAAGGAUGUAAAGGGUGUACGUGGACUAAUGAAACUUGCUAAAGAAAUUGCUGUCACUGCAACAACUGGCAAUCACGAUAAUGAAUUCAUUGGGCGCACUCGAAUACCUCUCAAGGACAUUCCAGUGUCGGGAAAUUGUAUGUGGUAUCCGUUGGAGAAAAAGAACAAGUCAAAGCGAAGAGGUGUUGUCAGAUUAAAGCUGGCAUUCAGCGCGGAACAUGAUACUCAAGUAUCCUGUCAGGAACACAGGCAUUUGUUGAGAAUACUAUUGAUGCACGAAUUAGACUCACAAAAAAUGGAAAAAUAUUGUUGGGCUGGCAAAUGGUCGGCACCUGCAGAUGCUCUGAUUCUUCAGCAUGUCGCCCAAAGAGGACUUUUAUCGAGGAAUGUAUCGCUCGCUGAAUGGGUCGAAUUUUCUCGAGUUCAUCAGGAACAUCCGCUUAGUUUCACAUUAUUCAACAAAAUAAUAUUGGAAUUAUUGAGACCUCUGGAAAAUAAUCUGUUUUCCGCUGACGAAACAAAACUUUUUUGGGAGGCAACGAGAAAACUCAUUUACUCCUGUUUGAAUUGCGUUAGGAAAAUAAGGAAAUUCCCUGCUGAAGGAAACAAUGUUUUUCAUCAACUUUCUGCUAUUCUAGGAAUAUUAUCAUCGAUAUCGUCAAUUAAUAUUCCUGAGGACGUGGACCUUUUUCCAGUAAAAAUGUACAGUUGGUUUCCCGAAACAGAUGAAACACAUGUUAGUAUUCUUCAGGCUUUGGAAUACACUGUGAUUCAAGGUGGAGCUGAAUGGUUCGAGUACAUUGUGGGAAAUAAUACUUUGGAGGGUCAUUCUGAUGAAGAAGCUUUACAGUUUCAUAUUAAAGUUAUUCAGUUGAUAAGAGCUGAUUUACAACGAGCUAUCGAAAUGCACGAUAAAAUUUUCAUCAAAAAAAUAAAUUUCCCGUAUGCAAGAACACUGUAUGUGAUGUACGAGAAAAGAAUUAGUGACAUGUGUAUGAUUAUUGUGGAAGAUAUUUGUGCGAGACUGAAAAGGAUCCAAAUUGAAAGUAGUGAAGACGCUGAAUUGGGACUUGGUACAACUUUGUUUGAACUUUAUUUAGCUCUUCAACGAUAUGCAGCGCUCGGACACGUUUUGUGUGCAGAAGGGUUGGAGGAGAUGAAAAUUCAAAAUUACUACGACUGGUUUAGGGCUGGAGUCGCCCACUGGUUGGACAUUGCUGUUUACAAGGCUUUAAAGCGAAUUGACAGAGCAGUAGAUUUUGACACUUUACAACCUGUGGACUCUAGUGUUCAAUAUAGUUCCAGUGCCGUAGACACGUUGACAAUCUUUUAUCAGAUCAAAGUCUUCUGGACUCAACUGGCUUGGCCGGAUGUUGAAGGAUCUUAUACUUUCAUUGCCAAAAUCAUUGACGACAUUUGCAAAUGUUCGAUAGCAUACGCAGAUAAGAUGGCAAAUAAAGCGGAACAAGUUACACAAAUAGAACAAGACACGUCGAGUAAUAGCGUUUAUGAGAGGAAAUUUGAGGUCUCGAAUGCCUGGUGUUUUGCCAUUAAUAAUAUUGACUAUAUCAGAACAUCUAUUGCCCCUUUGGCUAAUGACUUGGGAAUGCAAGGUAUCGUUGAUGCCCUCUCUGAAAACAAGCCGGAACAGGAAGCCGAACGUUGCAGGCAAACUUUGCAGCUUAUUAUUGACAAUGCCACUGACAGUGUUAAAGACAAAAUUAUUGAUUUACUCAAGAUGGUUGCCAAUAAUAUGACACCUGCUAUUAGCAGAUAUCUAAUGGAAGGUGCCGAAUUGAUAGACACAACAAGCAAUGCAAUGGAUCGAUUAUUGCACUACUUGGAUUCUAAUUUAUCAACGCUUCACGAAAAUCUUAAUCAGGAGAAUUUCAACACAGUUCUUCUCGUUAUUUGGGAAUUAAUAUCCGAGACUCUCUGGGACAUGGUCAACAGUAAUUUGGAGAAAAGGAGACCACCGUCCUUCUAUUCGAACCUGCACCGUACUCUUCACACCCUCAUCCGGUUCUUCAACCUCGGAGCGGACGAGGCUGCGAAUGUUCAAGUAUUGGAGAAGAUUGAGAGCCUCUUAAAGCUCCAUGGGCUCGAAACUGCCGAGUUGAUUCAUCGAUAUAAUCUCGAAAGGAUUCGAGAGCAGAAGGAACUGGAGGACCCUGUAUACGGUCUCCUUACUGUCAGAGCACAGUUUAUCGACAACUCGAUGAACAUUCAGAUUCUCAAUGCGCGAAAUCUCAGACCAGUGGACAGCAACGGCGAUUUUAUAGGAAAGCUGUCCACUCUUGAACGCAAACUGCACUCAAAAUCUAAACAAAGACUGACAGAGGGGAAGACAAGAAAAUGUGAUCCUUACGUGAAACUUCGAUUACUGCCAGAGGAAAAAUUCAACGAAAUUAAAAUGCCAAAAACUCGCAUUCAUAAGGAAACUCUCUUCCCCCUGUUUGAUGAACAUUUUAAUAUUUCUUUGACAACGGAACAUAAAAGCAUAGAAGAUGCAAUUUUAGUCUUUGAGGUGAAAGAUAAGGAUUUCCUUCGAACAAAAUUCAUGGCUGAAGCAUUUUUAAAUUUCAGUGAAAUUCCUGAAACAGGGCCUGACCAGCAUAUCGAGACCCUGGAGCAAAUCCACUUGAAACUUUCUCGACCAAUUACGAAGAGUACUGAGGUGGUGCGAGCUUUAGAAAACAGGAAAGGCGACAGUCUGGCUAUGGAUUUCGUAUCAAAAUUGAAUACAAAAUUAAGUGCAAGAUAAUCGUGGAAUGAGCGGGGUUCAACUUCGAUUGCUAAACUGAACGCCCGUUCAUUUAUUAAACGUUCCAUAUUCUCUAAAUUCCCUUUUAAAUUCUUCAAAAAUACGAGAAUAUAUCCUGGAAAAUAGUCACAAUAUUGAAACAGUUUAUAAUAAUAUCUAUUCGAAUGCAAUUUUCUCUAGAUGUUAUUCUAAAUUAAAAUCAGUCAUCGAAAAUUAUUAAUAUCGAUGACAAUUUUAAACAGGAGUAUGAAUUUUCUCUUCUCAAUUAUAGACGUUUACUAAUAUUGAAAAAGUCCUUUACAACUCGGAAUAUUGUUUUAUUAAUAAAUGUCAAUAAUAAAAAAAGCAUAUUUUACAAAAAACAAUCUCUCAAUAAAAUGAAUGAAAUUGUGGAAGCGAAAUGAAAAAUCUUUAGAAAUCAUAAUAAGAGACUCAAUGAUAUAUUUAAUUGAAUGACAUAUACGCAUUUUUUAUAUGGGAAAAAUGUCAUUGCCAUUUGAGAUUAUUUUUUAAAUAUAAAAAAAUAUUGAACGGAUUUAUUAAAGAAAGAAAUUCAAAUUAAGGAAAGAAUUCUUCCACAUAAAUAAAUUUACUCUAUAUAGGCUGUGCAAUAUGUGAACUUUUCGAUUAUAACAAUAUUGUUGUAAUCAAAGUCAAAAAAUUUUAAUUUUUUACAACUUAAUACAAAUUACUUUCAAAGUUUCAAUUAGUGGCUAAAAAUAUGUACUGUUCCCAACGGAAAUAUUACUUUAAAAAAAAAAAAAAAAAAAAAAUACGAGCAUUGAUGCAGAAACAAGAUAAUUAUUUACUUAACAAACCGUUAUUAUACACUAUAAAUUUUCAUUUUUAUGUUAAUUGCUGAAACUAGAUCUGCUGCAUAUAAAAUGUAACCAGAAACCUCAUUAUGCCAUAAAAUAUCUAUAUGACAGAAGUUAAGGAAAAAUACUUAAUGAAACAAAUGUUAUACUGAUGCGUAGUUGUAAGAGAGAAAUAAAAAAUAUAUUUACUUUUAUAUAAAUUAAUCAAAUUUCUCAAAAAGUGAAUGCAAAAACAAUUUCACUCGUGGUGCAUAUACCCAUAAAAAUCUAUUUUACACAUGUAACUCGAGAACAAUAAUUUUAUCUUAAUAAGCAUUUUUGUACAAAAAUGAUUUUAUAGCAGAGUUUUUUAAAAGAAAAAAUCUUUCGAAUUCGAUAUUCUAGAAUGUGUACUACUUAUAAGUUAGUUUUAUGUAUGAAUUGUUUUCUUUACUAAACUUUUUUGACUACAACUUAAAUAUCAUUUCACAAUUUGUAUCAUUCAUCAUUGUAUUUAUUGCAUAAGUAAAAUAUUUUAUCAAAUAAAAGUAUUUC